AUGGGUAAAAAAAAUAUUAAAGACAACCCUCCUAGCCCCACUUCCCCUUCUGCUAAAAGAAAAACUCAUGGUGGACCUUCGAAGAACACUCGAGGGAAAAGACCUCGAACUGUGGUUGAAAACUCAGACUCAGAUUUUGAGUUGGAAUUUGAAUUUCUUAAGUCACCUGUCUCUGUGAAGGGCAAGGGUAAAUCCCCUGUAAAGGUGUUGCCAUCAUCAGGUGUGGCUGAGGAAAUUCCUGUUAAUAGGAUUGCUGAGGAUUGGGAAUGCAAGUACACCCGAUCUCAAUUCUAUCAUUCUAGAGUAGUUACAUCUGGGUAUUACUCUGUAAUUGGAGACAUUAAGAGAAUUCUAACUGAAAGCCAAUUGGAAAUUUUUUCAAAAUCUGUGUUUGGUUAUUUUCUUCGGAUUCCGGAGUACAUAAUUCAUUACCAAUUGCUUCAUUGUUUGCUGUUGAGGGAGGUUCAGCAGCCUAAUGGGUUGGAGUUUUGGGUUUGUGUCCAAGGGAAAUAUCUUAGGUUUAGUAUCGAAGAGUUUGCGUUGGUCACCGGGUUAGAUUGUCAUGUUGAUUCUGAUUUUUAUCAGUUUAAGCAAGAUGAUAAUGAAUUGGUCAAACAUUGUUUUAAGGGGUACAAAAAAAUUACCAAGGGUGCUAUUCAGACUGCUUUUAUUGCUGACAAUCUGAAGGAUAACGACGAUCUUGCAGUCAAGUUGGUUGUCUUGUAUUUUGUGCAGUGUUAUUUGUUGGGUGGUCCCCCGGGUAAAGUUGUUUCGUCUGAGGAAAUAGAUGUUGUCGAUAGUGGUCGAUAUAAUGAAUUUGGUUGGGGCAAGCAUUGUUUUGAUAUCACUAUGCAUUCUUUGAAGGGUAAGAUAGAUUCUGGUUAUAAGAGGGUAGUUCGUAGUGACGAGGAUGGUGGGUGUUACAGGUUACUGGGUUUUCCUUUGGCUAUUCAAUUCUGGUUUUUUGAGUGUUGCCCGUACGUUAUUGGGAAACUUUCGUUGUACUCAAAUGUUGGCAUUCCAAGGAUUUUGAAUUGGCCUAAACUACCCAAGGACAAGGAGGGUCAGGUGAAAAUGGAUGUCAUGAACACCCUCAUUUUCGAUCGGUCUUUGAAAGAGGUAAUUCUGUUGUUUUUUACACUAUUUCUACUGUUGUUUUAAUGUUAUUUUUGUGUACAUUAGUUAUACUUUAUGUUUCGAUUGUUGUUGUUAUUUUAUAAUUUCAGUUUCAUGUGCAUACUUUUUUUUUGGUUUUUGUUGUUUCAGUUAAAAUUACGAAACAUCACUCCAACUUCUGUUGAGAGAUUGAGUUUGAGCCUUACUGAUUUUUUCUCUGGUGAGACUACUCCUGAUGCUGUCAAAUUCAAAAUUAAAGGUGGUUCCAAGUCUGUUGGUCAACCUGGCUUGAUGGGUGCUUCUUCAUCAUCUGUUCAUGAGAAUGUCUCCCGAGUUGAGUUUGAGGAAUUAAAAAAGAGUCUAUCUGUUGUUGUCAGCCAGCAAGGGAUACUUAUGAAAUCUGUUGCUGAGAUGAACAAGAAGUUGGACAUUCUUAUUGAGGUAUUUUUUUAAUUGUCUUUACUUUUUUCUGUUAUUUUUUUAGUAGUGUUUUUAUGUUGUUUUAUACAGUAAAUUAAUUUUUAAAGUUUUUUUUGUUCUCAGUCAUCCCAAGGUGGUCAUACUCACAAUGGAUCUCAGUCUGAAGAUGCUCUUCGUUCUUCAGAAAAUGAGGAUGAUGAAGAUUCCACUUCAGAGGAAGAUGAGGAUGAUAAAAUCGAGGAUGACAAAGGAGAUGAACAUCAUGAGGAUGAAACUGAUGAUGAUGAUGAUGAUGAUCUUGAUGGAGCUGGUAUUGGUGCUGGUCAGGAUGAGGCUCACACGGGGGAUGUUAGUAAUGAUGAGGGUGUUGUUGUCCCCGAGAUUGUUUCGAGGGAUGAUGAUACCGGCAAGGUGGAUGAUGCCAAGAAGUCUGACCCUGUGGAACCUGUUGCAGAGAUCAAACAGGUGUAUUUCUUGUUUGGCCAUCAUUUUUUUUGUGCCCUUUGUGUGGAUUUUGUGUUUUGAGUUUGUUUUAAUAGUUUUUUAAUGUUGUUUUUGUUGUCAGCCUGAACAGUCUCAAGGUGGGGAGGAGAACAUUGAUGUUGAUGCAACAAUUGCAUCUGCUGUUAAAGCUGUGGAGAAUUUGAUUGGUUCCUCAACUCAUGUCCCUGCUUCUGUUGAGACUUCUGAGAAGACUGAUCUUGAAAUGGUUGUUUUUCAAGAGACUCCUAUUUUACGUCCUCAAAAGAGGGAUCGGAAGAAAGGAGCUGUUUUGAAAUCUCCAUUCAUUGAGCUUGCUUCUGGUGCAUCUAAAUCAGGUUCAUCCUCAGUUUCUCCUGAUGAUUCUGUUUAUAAGGUCGUUAAAUAUGUGCGUGGUUUGUGCCCGUUGGACAACAAGAUUGGUGAACCUGUCGAUCCGCAAUUGGAAGCUGAGUUUGUCACGUGGGUUGAUACAGGUCUUAGAAAGCAUAAAUCUAAGUAAGUAUUUUUGUAGGUGUUUUCAGUUAUAUAUCUCUUAUUGUUUUCCAUUUAGUUUUUAAUUUUUUAUUUGUGUUUUGAUAUUUUUUUAUUUGUUUUUUUUAGCACAACAACUAAUGUGUAUUGUAAGGGUAAGGACACAAUAUUUUCGCCAUUUCGUUUUGGUGUUGAGGACAUUAGCAACAAGAUGUGGUUUCACAACCUUGCCUACCCUAAUUGUUUCCUUACCAAUUCUGUAAGUUUUUUUUUAAUUAUUAUUAUUA